AUGGCCGAAGCACCAACUUCUCCCGAAACCGCUGCGACGCUGCCCCCAACCCAGGCGAACAAACAACAAAUCGACCCUUGGAACGUGAAGGGCGAGGUGGGAGCUGAUGGAAUAACAAAGGCCAUCAAUUACUUGAGUUUGGUGGAGGAGUUUGGCACGAAAUUGUUGUCAGACGAUGGGAUACUCGAGAGAUUUGAGAAAGUGACGGGGCACAAGCCACAUCGCUUCAUGAGGAGAGGGAUUGUCUUCAGUCACAGAGAUCUGAACCUCAUUCUUGACCGAUAUGAGCGCGGCGAGCCCUUUUUCUUGUAUACUGGACGAGGCCCAAGCAGUGAUAGCAUGCACAUUGGUCACACUGUCCCCUUUGAGUUCACAAAAUGGUUACAGGAUGUUUUCCAGGUGCCCCUUAUUAUUAUGAUGACAGACGACGAGAAAUAUCUCUUCUCUGAGAAGCGCACGAUAGAAGAGGUCCAAUCAUACACGAGAACAAAUGCUGCGGAUAUUAUCGCCGUAGGAUUCGACAAGGAGAAGACAUUUAUCUUCAGCGAUUAUGACUACAUGGGAGGGGCCUUUUACCGUAAUGUUACUCGCAUCUCAAAGCAUGUCACAUUGAAUGUUGCUCGUGCGGUUUUUGGAUUCAACGACAGCUCGUGCAUUGGCAAGAUUCACUUCGGUGCAGUGCAGGGCGCCACUUCAUUCGCAUCCUCAUUCCCACACAUCUUUGGAACUGAUGAGACGAAGACCCAUCAGAUUCCGUGCUUGAUCCCCUGCGCUAUUGAUCAAGAUCCAUACUUUCGUUUAACUCGAGACGUGGCCUCUCGCCUUCACUUCGCAAAGCCAUCCCUCAUACACGCUAGGUUCCUCGAUGCCCUGCAGGGCCCUGGCACGAAGAUGAGCGCAAGUGUUGAUACGAGCGCAAUUUUCAUGAAGGAUACACCAAAGCAGAUCAAAACCAAGGUCAACAAAUACGCGUUCUCGGGCGGCAAGGUUUCGGAAGCGGAGCAUCGUGAGCAGGGAGGCGACACUGAUGUGGACGUUGCAUACCAGUACCUGACCUUCUUCAUGGAGGAUGACGAGGAGUUAGAAAGGAUUAAGAUUGCGUAUCAAAAGGGAGAGCUGCUAACAGGAGAGCUGAAGGCGCUGUGCAUUGCCGAGCUGGAGAAGUAUGUGUUGGGCUUCCAGGAGCGUCGCUCGGUUAUCGACGACGCUGUGAUUGACAGUUACAUGGAGAUCAGGCCGCUGGAGUGGACAGGCAACCCAAACCCUAUUGCAGCCGCCGCUCCAGCCGAGGGGCCGUCUGCAGCUGCUGGCGAGUCGGUUGAUGGCGUCCCGAAACUCACCAAGAACCAGGAGAAGAAGCUGGCCAAGGAAAAGAUGAUUGCAGACAAGAAGGCGGCGAAGGAGAAGGAGAAGGAGAAGCAGCAAGCAUGA